CAAGAUGAACAACUUCGCACAGUUCGGCUCCCACCUCUCUGACCAACAUCAGGGCCAGCAGACCGGCGCCAGCGGCGGCAGGACUGGGUCCGCUGGCCAGACAGACUAUCUCGACAAAGGUCUCAACGAUGCCGAGCAGAAAUAUGGUGGCAAGUACUACGAUGCCGAAAAGGUGAAGCCUGUCAACAAGAAGAUCGGCGACAAGGUCAAGGGCAAAUUUCAUGACAUGACUGGGCAUAAUCUGCCCGGAGCUCAUUAAACUGAAAAUCUUGAAGUGAUGUGAUAUGACCUCUUAUAUGAUGUAUUCCCUGGUGCAUGACUGCACUAGACAUCUUGUAAUUAAUGCGUAGUACGGUCUUUCUUUAUCCAAUACACUACACAGAGC